GGUGGUGGUGGUGGUGUGUGUGUGUGUGUGUGUGUGUGUGUGUGUGUGUGUAUGUGUAUGUAUGUGUGUGAAAUCAGCGGAGAAUCAGGAAGUCACAGCAGCGAAACACACAUACACACACAUACACACAGACAUGUUUGAUCGGUAUGACAUGUUGAGAGGGGAGGGAAGAGGAAGAAGAAGCUGGGGAGAGACAGGCCUAGCGCUCUCGGGAAAUAUGCUCUCCGCCGUCCCGGCUGGCUCCAAUAAUAACCACCGCCUAGCACCCAGGCACGUCGGCUUCGCUUUGUGCUCUGCUCCUCCCUCCAGUACUGCUCAAUUGACUGGAAGACAAAGAAUAGAUGUCCACGCCAACAGAUCCUGGUGCAAUGCCCCACCCUGGACCUUCACCAGGGCCAGGACCCUCCCCUGGACCAAUUCUUGGACCCAGUCCAGGGCCAGGGCCAUCUCCAGGUUCAGUGCACAGCAUGAUGGGACCAAGUCCUGGACCACCCAGUGUUCCACAUUCAAUGCCAACAAUGGGGCCCACUGAUUUUCCACAGGAAGGAAUGCACCAAAUGCACAAGUCCAUUGAUGGUAUGCACGACAAAGGCAUUGUUGAAGAUCUACAUUGUAGCUCCAUGAAGGGCACGGGCAUGCGACCACCACAUCCUGGAAUGGGCCCACCUCAGAGUCCAAUGGAUCAACAUAGCCAAGGUUAUAUGUCUCCACACCCGUCUCCACUGGGAGCCCCAGAACAUGUCUCCAGCCCAAUGUCUGGAGGGGGUCCAACUCCGCCCCAGAUGCCUCCAAGCCAGCCAGGACCCAUGAUAGCAGGAGAUCCUCAGGCUAUGAGCCAACCCAACCGAGGCCCUUCACCUUUCAGCCCCGUCCAGCUGCAUCAGCUCCGAGCUCAAAUUUUAGCUUACAAAAUGUUGGCCAGAGGCCAGCCACUACCCGAAACAUUGCAGCUAGCUGUGCAGGGGAAGAGGACGCUGCCUAGCAUACAGCAACAACAACCACCUCUUGUCACCUUCAACCGACCAUCUGGCAUAGGGAUGCAUCCAAUUGGCACACCUCCAGCUGGGCCAGGACAGACAUCAGGGAUUCCAGGGCACACAUCUACAAUGACUCCUAAAACAUGGGCAGAAGGCCAAGCACCAGACAUGAAUGUUCCAAGUACCCCACAAAAGCUUGCAGUUCCACCUCCAAGUGGAAGGCCUUCACCAGCCCCUCCAGCUGCUCAGCCGGCUGCUGCCCUGCCUGGACCUUCUGUGCCCCAGCCAACCCCUGGGCAACCUUCACCCGUGGUUCAGCUGCAGCAAAAGCAGAAUCGGAUUAGCCCUAUUCAGAAACCACAGGGACUGGAUCCUGUUGAAAUACUGCAGGAGAGAGAAUACAGACUUCAGGCUCGUAUAGCUCACAGAAUCCAAGAACUGGAAAAUUUGCCAGGCUCUUUGCCACCAGAUUUACGAACCAAGGCUACGGUGGAACUGAAGGCUCUUAGGUUACUGAAUUUUCAACGGCAGUUAAGACAAGAAGUGGUAGCCUGUAUGCGUCGAGACACAACCUUAGAGACUGCCCUGAACUCCAAAGCCUACAAACGCAGCAAGAGGCAAACACUGAGGGAAGCCCGAAUGACAGAAAAGCUUGAGAAACAACAGAAGAUUGAACAGGAGAGGAAGCGCAGACAGAAGCACCAGGAAUACCUGAACAGCAUUUUGCAACACGCAAAAGAUUUUAAAGAGUACCACCGGUCAGUGGCUGGGAAAAUUCAGAAACUUUCUAAAGCAGUGGCAACUUGGCAUGCUAACACUGAACGAGAGCAGAAAAAAGAAACAGAACGCAUCGAAAAGGAAAGAAUGAGGAGGCUGAUGGCUGAAGAUGAAGAAGGCUACCGAAAACUGAUCGAUCAGAAGAAAGAUAGGCGCUUAGCUUACCUUUUACAGCAGACUGACGAGUACGUGGCCAACCUGACUAACCUGGUAUGGGAGCACAAACAAGCACAAGCUGCCAAAGAAAAGAAAAAGAAAAGGCGGAGGAAGAAGAAGGAACAAGAGAAUGCUGAGGGAAUGGAAUCUGGCCUGGGACCAGAUGGGGAGCCAAUAGAUGAAAGCAGUCAGAUGAGUGAUCUUCCUGUGAAAGUGACUCAUACAGAAACUGGCAAAGUUCUUCUUGGUCCUGAAGCUCCUAAAGCAAGUCAACUGGAUGCUUGGUUAGAAAUGAAUCCUGGUUAUGAAGUGGCCCCUAGAUCUGAUAGUGAGGAGAGUGAUUCUGAAUAUGAGGAGGAGGAUGAUGAAGAGGAAUUGAGCAGGCAGGAAACAGAGGAGAAGAUACUUCUUGAUCCAAACAGUGAAGAAGUUUCUGAGAAGGAUGCUAAACAGAUCAUUGAGACUGCCAAGCAAGACGUGGAUGAUGAAUACAGCAUGCAGUAUAGUGCUAGAGGGUCCCAGUCCUACUAUACCGUAGCUCAUGCAAUAUCAGAGAGGGUAGAGAAGCAGUCUGCUCUUCUCAUUAAUGGCACCCUAAAGCAUUAUCAGCUCCAGGGCCUGGAAUGGAUGGUUUCACUGUAUAAUAACAAUCUGAAUGGAAUUUUAGCUGAUGAGAUGGGGCUAGGAAAGACCAUACAGACGAUCGCACUCAUCACUUAUCUGAUGGAGCACAAGAGACUCAAUGGACCCUAUCUCAUCAUUGUUCCCCUUUCGACUUUAUCUAACUGGACAUAUGAAUUUGACAAAUGGGCUCCUUCUGUGGUGAAAAUCUCUUACAAGGGCACUCCCGCUAUGCGCCGCUCGCUUGUCCCCCAACUUCGUAGUGGAAAAUUUAAUGUCCUUUUAACUACUUAUGAGUACAUUAUAAAGGAUAAACACAUCCUUGCUAAGAUCCGGUGGAAGUACAUGAUAGUAGAUGAAGGCCACCGAAUGAAGAAUCAUCACUGCAAGCUGACUCAGGUCUUGAAUACCCACUAUGUGGCACCAAGACGAAUACUCCUGACUGGGACGCUGCAGAACAAGCUGCCCGAACUCUGGGCCCUCCUCAACUUUCUUCUUCCCACCAUUUUUAAGAGCUGUAGCACUUUUGAGCAGUGGUUUAAUGCCCCCUUUGCCAUGACUGGAGAAAGGGUGGACUUAAAUGAAGAAGAAACUAUAUUGAUUAUCAGACGUCUUCAUAAAGUGCUGCGACCGUUUCUGCUGAGGAGACUGAAGAAGGAAGUGGAAUCCCAGCUACCAGAAAAGGUUGAAUAUGUGAUCAAAUGUGACAUGUCAGCUCUACAGAAAAUAUUGUACCGCCAUAUGCAAGCAAAGGGGAUUCUUCUCACCGACGGUUCAGAGAAAGAUAAGAAGGGCAAAGGUGGGGCUAAAACGCUGAUGAACACUAUCAUGCAGUUGAGAAAGAUAUGUAAUCACCCAUACAUGUUUCAACACAUUGAGGAAUCCUUUGCUGAGCAUCUGGGCUACUCAAGUGGGGUUAUCAAUGGAGCUGAACUCUACCGAGCCUCGGGGAAGUUUGAGCUCCUGGACCGCAUCCUGCCAAAGCUGCGGGCCACCAAUCACCGAGUGCUGCUCUUCUGCCAGAUGACGUCCCUCAUGACCAUCAUGGAGGACUACUUUGCUUUUCGGAAUUUCCUUUACCUACGCCUUGAUGGUACCACAAAAUCAGAAGAUCGUGCUGCCUUGCUGAAGAAGUUCAAUGAGCCUGGCUCACAAUUUUUCAUUUUCUUACUAAGUACCAGAGCAGGAGGCCUGGGCCUGAACCUUCAGGCAGCUGAUACUGUUGUCAUCUUUGAUAGUGAUUGGAAUCCUCACCAGGAUUUGCAGGCCCAAGAUCGAGCUCACCGGAUUGGCCAGCAAAAUGAAGUCCGAGUGCUUAGACUCUGUACUGUAAACAGCGUGGAGGAAAAGAUUCUUGCAGCAGCCAAAUACAAAUUAAACGUGGAUCAGAAAGUUAUUCAAGCGGGCAUGUUCGAUCAGAAAUCUUCAAGUCAUGAGAGGAGGGCUUUUCUGCAGGCUAUAUUGGAGCAUGAAGAAGAAAAUGAGGAAGAAGAUGAAGUUCCUGAUGAUGAGACCCUGAAUCAAAUGAUUGCCCGACGAGAAGAGGAAUUUGAUCUUUUUAUGCGUAUGGACAUGGACCGACGCAGAGAAGAUGCCCGGAACCCAAAACGCAAGCCUCGCUUGAUGGAAGAAGAUGAGCUGCCUUCCUGGAUUAUUAAAGAUGAUGCUGAAGUAGAAAGGCUUACCUGUGAAGAAGAGGAAGAGAAAAUAUUCGGCAGAGGGUCCCGCCAGCGCAGGGAUGUGGACUACAGUGAUGCGCUCACAGAGAAACAGUGGCUGAGGGCAAUUGAAGACGGUAAUCUGGAAGAAAUGGAAGAGGAAGUUCGGCUCAAGAAACGAAAAAGACGAAGAAAUGUGGAGAAGGAGCCUGGGAAGGAAGAUGUGGAAAAAGCUAAAAAGAGAAGAGGCCGACCUCCAGCUGAGAAAUUGUCGCCAAAUCCCCCCAAACUGACAAAGCAGAUGAAUGCCAUUAUUGACACUGUAAUAAACUACAAGGAUAGUUCAGGGCGACAGCUAAGUGAAGUCUUCAUUCAACUUCCAUCAAGGAAAGAAUUACCAGAAUACUAUGAAUUAAUUAGGAAGCCAGUGGAUUUCAAAAAAAUAAAGGAAAGAAUCCGUAAUCACAAAUACCGGAGCCUUGGUGAUUUGGAAAAAGAUGUUAUGCUACUCUGUCAUAAUGCUCAAACAUUCAACUUGGAGGGAUCACAGAUCUAUGAGGACUCCAUUGUUCUACAAUCAGUGUUUAAGAGUGCACGGCAGAAAAUUGCCAAAGAAGAAGAGAGUGAGGAUGAAAGCAAUGAUGAGGAAGAAGAGGAAGAUGAGGAUGAAUCCGAAUCUGAGGCAAAAUCUGUGAAAGUGAAAAUCAAGCUUAAUAAAAAAGAUGAGAAAGGCCGGGACAAAGGAAAAGGCAAGAAGAGGCAGAGCCGAGGAAAAGCCAAACCUGUUGUGAGCGAUUAUGACAGUGAUGAGGAGCAAGAUGAGAAUGAUCAGUCAGAAGCAAGUGGGACUGAUGACGAGUGAUCAACAUAGGACAUUUUUCCUGGUAGAAAUGAACUCCCUCCCCUCUCUCAUUUACACCCAGUGAAUUCAUUUUGUCAGAUAGACAUUGGGUUGUUUCUGUAUUCUCAUCAUCUAUAAACUAGCUUUAGAAAGAUAGUGCCAGACAAACAUAUGAUAUCAUGGUGUAAAAAAGAAAAUGAAAAAAUACACAAAAAAAUUUGUAAAAUAUUGUGACCAAAUGGGCCUCUAAGAUUGAAUAAAAAUAAGCUUUUGAUGGAAAAUAUGUGGGUUGAUAGUAUAUUUCUAUGGGUUGGGUUUAGUUUGGUAAUGGUUUGAGUGUGCCUGGUUUUAUCAACUGUUGAGAUGCUUUAACAUAGCAUCAGAAAGAUGAAAAAUGUGUCUUUUGUAGCACUGAUAACCAGGAGAAGCCAUUAAAAGCCACUGGUUAUUUUAUUUUUCAUCAGGCAAUUUUCAAGGUUUUUAUUUGUUCUGUAUUGUUUUUUACACUGUGGUACAUAUAUGCAACUUUGUUUAAUAGCUGAUAAAUGUACAGUAGUUAGACUUCACCCCACUCCCAUAUACAUUUUUCCACUUUAUGCUCAAUGAUCUCUGGAAAAAAAAAGCCUUUUGAAUUUUAUCAGAUUCAUGUCGACUGUAAACUUUGCUCCUUUUUUUGGCUCUUGAUUUUAAAAAGUUUGUUUGAAAAAUGCUAUUGAAUAUUGCAAUCUAUAUAGUGUAAUGGAUGGCUUCUUUUAUCAAACUGAUCUUCUAUGUUACCAAUGUGGAUUAUCACCUUUUCCCUAAAGUGUACUUAAUCUUUGCUUUCUUUGCACAAUGUCUUUGGUUGCAAGUCAUAAGCCUGAGGCAAAUAAAAUUCCAGUAAUUUUGAAGAAUGUGGUGUUGGUGUUUUCCUAAUAAAGAGACAAUUUAGCUCAAUAAA